AUGGCGCUGUGGGCGGUGGGAGCGAUCAUCAACGUCGUCGGCAGCAUCAUGAUCAACUUGGGCACCAACAUCAUCAAGCUGGGACACACCAAGACUGAGCUGGCCGCAGCAGACGGCGGGGACAAGCCGCCAAAGAUGAGCAAGGAGCCGCGGAGAUGGUGGAGUUUCCCCGGCAACCGCGUGUGGCUGGGAGGCAUGCUGCUCUUCACGGUCGGAAACAUGCUCAAGUGCGCAGGCGGCUGGGGAGGCUGCCUGGUGAGCUUUGCGUUCACGGCACAGUCGCUGCUGAGCGCCCUGGGCGUCGUGCAGUUCAUCAGCAACAUCGCCUUUGGGCGCUGGGUGAACAAGGAGAAGGCAAGGCGCACAGCGGGGGCGGCCAGGCGCUGGCCGGGGUCCGUUGAGCCGCCGGCUGUGGCGUGCCGCCGCGCCGUGGCGUGCAGGUGA